AUGGCUUGCUGCCACACAAACUGCAUUGAAAAACCGCUUUCCAGGUUUUUUGAGAAAUUUGGUCGCAUUGUGGGCACUUACCCCUUCUGGUUUCUCAUAAUUCCUGUGAUUCUAUCCAUAGGUUUAGGAGGAGGAUUCUACUUUCUAAAAGAGAGAGAGACAAAUGACAUUGAGGAGCAAUAUACACCAGUGAAUGGGCCUGCCAAGUACGAAAGACAGUUUGUCAAAGAAAACCUUCCUUACAAUGAUACAAUGUUUUCUAGUCAGAGGCUCUAUAACGAUGGCACAUAUGCUUUUCUCAUAGCAGUUUUAAAGGCAAAUUUACUGUCAGAUGCAGAAUUAGAGACUGCGGCAUUUGAGAGAAUUAACAGUUUGGAUAAACAAGGUGACGGCAUUGUGGCUGUUCGACUUUUGUACUACAUACAAAAAAACGGCAGAAAAAGAGCUGAUUUAUGGCUUGAUGAAUUUAUAAAAUUCUUCUCCAGCAGAUCGAUGAUCAAUGAUAUGGAGGUGUUUUUUUUUACAUCUCGAUCUCUACAGGAGGAGAUUGAAAAAAAUGCUGAAGAAGUUAUCCCCUUAUUUUCAGGCACAUAUAUUCUUGCCAUUGUCUUCUCAAUAAUAUCAUGCAUAAGGCUGGACUGUGUCAGGAACAAGGUGUGGGUGGCUGCCUGUGGAGUGCUCUCUGCUGGCUUGGCGGUGAUUUCCUCCUUUGGAUUGUUGCUGCUCAUAGGUGUACCCUUUGCCUUGACUGUGGCCAACUCUCCCUUCCUGAUACUCGGGAUUGGUGUUGAUGACAUGUUCAUUCUCAUCGCCUGCUGGCAGCAGACCAACGUUCAUGCCAAGGUCGAGGACCGCUUGGCAGACACCUACAAAGAAGCGGCUAUCUCCAUCACCAUCACUACCCUGACGGACGUCUUGGCUUUCUACAUCGGCCUCAUCACGCCAUUCCGCUCAGUGUGGUCUUUCUGUCUAUACACCAGCUCUGCCAUUCUAUUCUGUUACAUUUACAGCAUCACGUUCUUUGGGGCAAUCCUGGCGUUGAACGGAAGAAGGGAAAACAGCAACAGGCACUGGCUGAUCUGUAAGAAGGUUCCAGAGGAACGCCCACCUGACCACUCCGAAGCGUUCUACCUCUGCUGUGUGGGAGGAGCUUAUGAUCACCAGACUGGAUAUGAAGAAAUCCAGCCAAUUAAUAACUUCUUUAAAAUGUACUAUGGGCCGUUCCUGACCAAGACCUGGACCAAAGUAUUGGUUAUUCUUCUCUAUGCUGCGUAUUUGGCUGGCGGUAUUUAUGGGUGCUUCCAGAUACAGCAGGGCAUUGAUCUAAAAAAUCUGGUAUCUGACAGCUCCUAUAUUACCAAGUAUUAUGAAAAUGAUAAAGAGUACUUUGCUAGAUAUGGUCCAAAUGUUAUGAUAAUAGUGAAGAAUCAAUUUCCGUAUUGGAAUGAAAACAAUAGGUCUGAACUUGAUGCUUGCAUGAAAGACUUUAAAAAUCUAGAGUUUGUCAGGAAGAAUGGCUGCACAUCUUGGCUGAAAUCAUAUGAAGAUUAUGCAUUUGCAAACCAAAUUAAUUUAAAGGAUGAAACCGAGUUCAAAACAAAUUUACCCACAUUUCUUGAGAGAUCUGAUUUCAAGCAAGAUGUCAACUUCACCAAACAAACAAUCUAUGCCACGCGUUUCUUCAUCCAGACGGAAAACAUUACCGUUGCCGAUGAUGAAAUGAAUAUGGUGAAUAUGCUUAGAGACACAGCUAGCAACUGUCCAGUUCCAUUACUGGUUUACCACCCUGCAUUUAUCUACUAUGACCAGUAUGAAGUCAUAGUGAGCAACACCAUCCAGAAUAUAGUUGUCACUGCAGGAGUCAUGCUGCUGAUCUCCCUCUUGCUCAUUCCAAACCCUCUCUGCUCUCUGUGGGUGACAUUCUCAAUCGCCUCCAUCAUUGUGGGCGUCACAGGUUACAUGGCUUUAUGGGGUGUUAAUUUAGAUAGCAUAUCCAUGAUCAUUCUUGUUGUCUGCAUUGGGUUCUCAGUGGACUUCUCUGCGCACAUUUCUUAUGCCUAUGUCUCAAGCAACAAGCCCACCGCCAAUGAAAAGGCCAUCAAUGCACUCUACACCCUGGGCUAUCCCAUAGUGCAGGGGGCUGUUUCUACCAUAGUGGGGGUGGUGGUGCUAUCGGCAUCUGAGAGCUACAUCUUCAGAACCUUCUUCAAAAUCCUGUUCCUGGUUAUUCUAAUAGGACUGUUCCACGGCAUCACUUUUAUCCCAGUGUUCCUAACCUUAUUUGAUGUUUGCAGAAGCCCAGGUAAAGACAAAGGUCAAGACAAUCAGACUUACAAUGACCAGAAAUUAGAGAGCAUUGAUGGCCGAAUUAUGCCGCAUGGCACGAAAACGCAAGAAAAACGUGUUUAUGAAAAUGGAGUGUUUUAUGAUGAUGAAAACAAGAUUCCAAACCUCAAUGGUGUUUUGUCCAUUGCCGGGAGUAAUUUGCAAUUACAGGAUGGUAAGAUAUGCUUGGCAAGUCAAACUAAAUUAUAUAUGGUGAACACUCAUGAGACAUCCACUUACAGUCAGAUUAAUAGACUUGAUCUUCAUCAGCUGCAUUUCAGUACUAUGACAUUGAAUGCUAUCUCAAACCCUGACUGCCCGUGA